AUGGAUCGCAUUGAAGCGCUUCUCGGUGACGUGAAAAAAGAGCUGACGGCGUAUACGAGUGCUGUUACUACUGGCCUAGUUAGGGGAAUAAAAAACCACCUGACGUCAUUGGUCGAUUUGGCUAUGCAGACAUCGAAUAAAGAUGUAGUAUCUUCGAUGCAAUCGAUGUCGUCAGGGAUGUCGGAGCUCAAUGACGAAAUUAAAAGACUUUCUACUGUGACGAUUGAUAUGGCGGCUAACUCAACCAUGCACCACUACCCAACAAUAGGGCUGGAAAUUCUCGAUGAGUUAAAGUCAUUGUCAGCAAACCUCAUAGCAAUGCAAAAUACUGCGCCACCGUCAAUGGUAUUUGACUCAUUCCCCAGUUUGUCAACAGAAUUAAACAAUAACGAAAAAACUGAUUCUUCAGGAUGGCGAUUUUUGGGUACGAAGAGGGUAUGGAAAGCUAACUGGGAGGAAUACGACGCACGUAAAUUACGUCGUUUAAAUCAGCAAAAGCAGGCAAUAAAUGCAAGACGCAGAAGGCAGCGUAGAGCAAGAAACAAUAAUACACACAAUGUGUCUAAUAAUGUGGAUAACGGUAACUCCAAUCAGAAUCACGCUUUUAACCAUAACAACAAUAACAGCAACAAUAACAACUACAACAACAGAAGCAACAAUAAUUACAGAUACAAUAACAACAGAAGUGAUAGAAACAACUACAAUCGGAAUAGCAGGAACAAUAACAACCGGAAUAAUAGAAUCAUCGAUCGGGAUUAUAGAUAUUUCGACUUCCUCCCAGAAUUUACUACUGAUAUCACUAUCAAAAAAAUCGAAGCACAUGUUAUUUUAGAAGGUUUAACUAAGUUGGAUGCCUCCAAGGGCUGCGGACCCGACGGUAUUCCUCCCGUGUUUUUGAAAAAGUUAGCAUUAGAACUUACAGCUCCAUUGUAUUGGCUUUUUAACAUGUCACUAGAAUCCGGCAAUUUCCCUAAGGCAUGGAAAGCCUCAUACCUCAUUCCAAUUUUUAAAAGCGGUAAAAAACCUGAUAUAAGUAACUAUCGAGGUAUUGCUAUUAUUUCUUGUAUUCCCAAACUUUUUGAAGCAAUCAUUAAUGAAUCGUUGUUCAAUCAAGUCAAAAAUAGAAUAUCUAAUAGGCAACAUGGGUUUUUAGAGGCCGCUCAACUAAUACAAAUCUAA